AGGUUUCAACUAACCGCUAGCGCGGUCGUCCGCUACCUUUUGAAUUGUUUCUUGUCGUUCUUUUUAACAAGUUUGAAAUCCCGCAACUCUCCGUGACAACGCGACUCGCGCUAUUUCAGGUGUUUGUGUAAAAAAUAAACGGGGAAAGGAGAACAUAUUUCGACGAAUCGGAAAAAAAUUAUUUCGUUUAGAGUAGUGAAAAUUUUUGCCUAAUGAUGACGGAAACAGUGGUCAAUGUGCAAGAAGCACCCAAUAACAACGCAACUAAACUGCAACCUGGCGGUGGAGCUCCAAGGCAAGGGACAAACGAAUCGCCCGUGGGUUGGAUAAAAAUUAAUAUCGAAUAUUUCAAAACUACCCCUGGAAUUUUGAAAUUAGUUGAAUUCAUAUUUGGUAUUCUAUGUAUGGCUUUAGCAUCACCAGCUUAUUACAGUGGUACACAUUUUUUCCUGUUCGUUGCUACAACCAGUUUUAUUUUCACAAUUCUAUGGAUUUUCAUAUACCUAUUAGGAAUUAGAGAAGCAUUGAAACUACCAAUCAAUUGGAUUCUGUCAGAAUUGGUUAACACGGGUUUCUGGGCGAUAUUGUACAUCGUUGCUUUCAUCGUUCAGUUAAUUAUAGCAUCAGGAACACACCCUAUUUUAUACUUUAGAGAUGCCUAUAUAGCAGCUGGGGUUUUUGGACUGUUCAACGCCAUAGUUUACUGCUUCGCUACAUAUCUUCUCUACGUAGAAAUGAAACGAAAUCAAACAACGAAUUAAUUGUUGCAUUAUUUUUGUUGAAUGGUCAAAAAUUUAUCUUUAAGACAAUUUGUACUGUUUUAGAUUAAGCCACUGAGUACCUUAGUUAUGAAUCAAUUCACAUAAAUCAUAAAUUUAAAAAUAAGUUUCCAAUAUAGAAUAAAACUUUAUAACCGAAUUUCAACAUCGAGUUUUGAAAAAAACGUAUACAUAUUUUUACGGUGCUUGGUUUCUGAAUUAUAGGCAUGUUUGUUAAAGUGAAAAAUUAGGGACGGUCUUAUUCAAACAAUAUGAUGUUACAAUUUAUUUAUUUAAAACAGUUUCUAAUUGUAGUGUCUUCAGUGUUGUCCCAAUUUAUAUUUUUCGAUUCACUGUAAAUAUUACGGUGUAGUUAUUUGUUACAUUAGUUGCUUUUAUUUUUACAAUUUGUUAAGCACUUUAUGCUCGAAGUCCAUGAGCUUGGUACAUAAGAAUCAAUUGAAACAAACACUGCGGAAGCACUUUUUGAACUAUACUUUUCAGUAUAUAUACCUUCUUAAUUAAGUUUAAGCAAAUACAAUUAUAAAUCUAAAAAAAUCGAGUUUGAAAUUCUACACUCAUAAGCCCAAACAUUUUUCUGGUGUUUAAUGAGCAAAGGGGAAAACGCAACUGUACAUAAUUCUUAAAAACGAUAAUUUGGUACAUAUAUGUUACAUGUAGUGCUCACCCAUGUGCCCGAUUGGAUUGCAAAGCAACUACUGAUUCAUUUUGGACUCAUUAUACAUUGUAGAAGAGCCGGAUUGAAGAAAAUACUCGUUUCGUUUAUUCUAUGUAAUUAUUUUUUAAAUGUGAAGUAAGAAUUUGUGAUAUAUCUAUUGAACUAUUGAACGGUAUCUUUAUCUGUUUAAAAAUGUUAUCGUUCCUAAAUUUACUGCAAAAAUUAACAAACUAAAGUGAAUAAAACGAAUAAUAUCUUCUAUUUGGCUUUGUAAUAAUAUUAUUUUAGAAAUUGUAACAAUUAACUACUGUUUUUCAAUUAAUUCCAUUAAGAAUUUGAGGAGUGAAAAUACUCAGUCACACACAACUCAAUUGAAUUGAAUUGAAUAUUUGAAGUGAGUUACUCGAGAAUGAUCCACGCGUCAAAACCUCAUUUUUAACUAAAAAGUACUAUUGAAGGAGGUACAAAGAACAUCGGUUUGUCAUUCUCUUUCUCACUUUACUUAAUUCUGAUUGGUGUUAUAUGAAAAGAAUUAAUAUUAAACAUCCAAUUAGACUAGAGUGAAGAGAGAUAGAGAGUAGUACAUCGAUGUUAUUUUUCUCUCUAUAAGCAGUUGGACACCCUUGAUAAAAGUGAUUAAAACAGAUGUUCUUGUUAAAUUAUCGAAGUUAUUCGUCUCCAGUAUUGUAUUUUUGUAUUUUCUAUAUCACACUUAAACAAUAAUAUAAUCUUCCUCAUAUUUCUUCACAUUAUAAUGUCCGUGGCUGUAAUAUUUAUACUCGUUUAUCCUGUAUAUAUGUCAGUCUUAAAUAACUGACAAAGAGUUCUCGGAAAUUAUCGUCUAUAUAGGUGGCUGUGACUUAAUCAUAGAGUUAAUAUUAAAGAUAGAAAGAGUGGCAUUUAAGUUAGUAUUUUACUAUUGGAAGAGCAUAGGUUUACCACUCUCUAUCUUCUUUUACUCGCUUCUGAUUGGUGUUUUAGACAUACAGUUAUAAUUUAAGAUCCAAUCAGAAUAGAGUAGACAGAGUUGUGUAUCGAUGAUCUCUCUCUCUCUCCCUAUCAACAGUUUUAGUUUACUAUAACUCGCUCUAUUCUUGAAUGUUGAUUCUAUGGAAUUAAUUCGAUAAUGAUCUGUACGUUGGGAAAGUAAUGGGAUCCUGUUAUAAUACUGAACGAAGGAAUUGGUUCAAAAAGUUAUAUGAUAAGAUCACAGAUCUCCGAUAUUUAGAUGGCUCAUGACUGUAUUAUUUGUUCUGAAUAAUUUUACAUUGACAGAAAUGGGCGGGAGUUAGGUUAUUAAUGGCAAAUUUAAUUUUUGUUAAUGGCUUGUAAUUUAAAUGGAUUGAUCUACGUGUAAAUUGUCAAAUUUAUGUUGAAAUAUUAUCUAAAGUUAUCUAAAAAUAUUAAAGUGAUUAGUUGCUCAAAUAAAAUAUAUAUAAAUCGGGCUUUGAUAAUAAAAUAUAGAGAAACUUGUUGUAAAAUACGUGUACGCCUAUAAAGGGUCUACAAACACAGAUAAUCAUCUCAUAGAUUCCGAAAAAGUCUUUGAUAACCUUAACAUAACAACUAAUAUUCUCAACUGUUUUUUGAAAAACAAAUUUCAAACAAAACGCUAUAAAACUUUCAGAAAAAUUGACAGGUACACAAAUAUAUAAUAUGUAAAUUAAGUUUAUUUUUCGGUAGGUUUUUAUUUGCCAUCAAAAUGAUAAAGAAUCAAAGAAUAGCAAACGCGACGCAGAGAAGGGGCAAGAUGAUAUUGUACACCGACUUUCGAAUAAAAAAAAUUAAUACAAAAAUAAAAAUAGAUUAAGAAAAUUCAGAUUUUGUCACAAACAAUGAAAAUAAAAUAUUGUACGAUAUUGUCUUAGUAGGAAGAUUAUCUCAUAUAGAAAAUUUUCGACGAAAGCUUUAAAGCGAGACCAAUAUAUAAAGUUUGUGGUUUCAAAUUUUUUAAACAAAACUGUAAAUCCAAAUAUAGUUCGUGGCCUCGAGUAACUUACUCCAUAAAUACUUCAUAAAAAAAGUUAGAUUACUGGGUUCGGUUCAAGAUUAUCACAUUUGUAACUUAAUAUCACAAAUAUCCUACGUAAUGAUCAAGAGGGACAUAUUAUUAUAGUUCUUAAGGUACUUAGUACAAUGAAAAAAACCAUGUGUGUAUACACAUUGGAAGUUAUACUUCUUUGGCUUAAAUAAGCGCAGAAAAAAAUCAAAAUUUCAUCUAGUGUUAUGAAAUAUGUAUUUAUUAAUAUUAGAAACAUUCAAGUUUAUGAACGUACUUAAACAUUAUUGUAUUAUAGAAACACUUUUAUCACGAAUAUUCAUAAAAAUUUUCCUUCACCUUCUUAAGAUUCCGUCCACAUUGUUGUAGACUGAUAAUAACUUUUCUGUGCAGCCCAGAUUUGUUAGAAUAUUAUAUUAGUCGAUCCAAUAUUUCCCGUCCAUAAUAAUUUUAUCAUGAAAAACUAAACUAAAGCCAAAGAAAAGUUGAAGGAUAAUAUAAAGACUUAAGCAGAUGGAAUCAAUUUUGGAUCAAGGCUUGUGACAACUAUUGACAACUAGAAGGACCCAAGCUCAAGGAAAUCAGUUUUAAAUUAGUAAUAGAAAUAUGGAAAUAAGAAAUGAUACAGAAAAAGAAUUAUUAUUCCCAUUCCAUGAGAGGUGACGCACCUGAAUGUGUCAACUACAAAAGAAACUUAUUUUAAUCUCACAAUUCUAAAUUAGAGGUUAAAAGAUAAGAAAAUACUUGAUUAACUAUUUGGAUUUAGAAAAGGAUAAGUCAAUUAUGAACCAAUUUACAUUAUGACAUAAAUAAUUUAAGAAAAUACAAAUACAAUAUUAAUCAGAAUAUAUUAUUAAUAAAAUUUAAACAGGAUUUUGAUAGUAUGAAUUAAUGAAGACCUAUUGGGGUCCCGAGGAAAAUGAAGAGGCUGAUCAAAGGAGCAGCAAGAGUAAAGACAGAAGAAGAACCAGCAAAGGAAUUUGAAUAAGGCAAGGAGAUACAAUGCGCACAACUCUUUUAUAAUAUUUCUCUAGAUGGAGAAUCAAGAAAAAACUAAAACAUUUAUUUAGAAAUAUAGAAUAAAGUAAUACGAAAUAGAAAUAAAUUUUAGGUAGGUUUCUUUUUCAAAAGAGAUAUCAAGAAAACUUCAGAAAUUGGAUCAGAGGAUAUAAUCAACUUUAUUUAAUACAAACCAUACCAGUAAAGCGAAAAGAUUAAAGGAAACACAAACAUAGACAGAUAUGAAGCAGCGAUUCGAUUAGUGAAACGAAUCUAAUACAAAAAAAUGAAAUGGAACACUGUCUAGUUAUAACAGGAGGACAAAGAAUGGAGAAGAUAUUAUGAAAUUCAUAAAAAUACGCAGACUAAAAGGAUAUGGACAUAUUUACAGAAGAAGUGAAGAGGUUAGACUGAAAAUUUAAAAGAGGGAAAACCAAUGGAAACGACUAAAAACGGGAUGUGGAGAACAAGUUAAUAUGAAUUUGAAGACAAUAAAUAAAUAGAAAACGAAUAAAAAAAGUAAAACCUAGACAGUUAUAUAGGAAAACAUUAGAAAAAAACUAAAUAAGAAAGAAAAAACUACAAUGGAUUCAAGAUGUUUCCGUGAAAAAAUUCAUUGUCUAGCUAGAACAGGGAGACAAAGAAUAGAGAAGAUAUUGCCAAAUUCAUGAAAUUACACAGACUUGGAUGAUACGGACACAGUUACAGAAGUAGUGGAGAAGAUACACGGAGAAAAUAAAAUAGUAGAAACCAA